GGCCGCUGCCGGGAAGCCGGAGAGGAGGACGUUCCGCAAGUUCACCUACCGCGGCGUGGACCUCGAAGCUCUCCUCGACAUGUCCACCGACGACCUCGUCCAGCUCCUCCACGCCCGCGGCCGCAGAAAGUUCAAGAGGGGGCUGAGCAGGAAGGCAUUGGCGCUCAUGGCGAAGCUGCGCAAGGCGAAAAGGGAGGCACCUGCUGGUGAGAAGCCAAAAUCUGUGAGGACUCAUCUGCGCAACAUAAUCAUCGUGCCAGAGAUGAUAGGCAGCAUAAUUUCAGUGUACAAUGGGAAAUUCGUCAUCCAGAUUGAGAUCAAGCCUGAGAUGAUCGGCCACUACCUCGGCGAGUUCUCCUUUACCUACAAGCCAGUCAAGCAUGGAAGGCCCGGUAUCGGUGCCACCCACUCCUCAAGGUUCAUUCCUCUCAAGUGAAGGAUCCUGCGGCACUGCCCACGCCGAAGCUUUUCCUGGAUUUGUGAUCAUCUGUUUUGUCCGAGGUCGAAUUUCUAGUAUGUCUAAUGUAGUGGAAGAAGUAUGUGGUGAAAAUUCUAGUACGUAUGACUAUUGGAACUGUGAGCACCUGCCUGCUACCUAUAACCUAUGUGUGGAAAAUUUAACGCAAAGUAUCUGUUAUUUUUGGCUGUA